AGCGAUAACCCGCCGAUUGCCGUUGUUUACCUCCUUUCAACGCACGUGCCUUGAGGUUUUUUUUUAAUCUUUGGAUUAAUUUGAGCAUUUAGGGACUCAAAGAUGCCGCCCGUUGCCCAGGAGGGCAAUUGCCUGAUUUACCGCGGCAGCAACUUCCUCAAGCAGCGCCUUAUCCUCGCCUGCCUGUCCGGCAAACCGGUGAAGAUCACCCAAAUCCGUGCGGAGGAUGAGAUGGCCCCUGGUUUGCGGGAAUACGAAAUAAAUUUCAUCCGCCUCCUGGACAAGAUCACCAACGGAACCAAGAUCGAGCUCAAUCCCGCAGGCACGAGUGUCAUGUUCUCUCCGGGAUUGCUACACGGCGGUCAGAUCCAUCAUGAUUGCUGUGUCCAACGUGGAAUUGGCUAUUAUUUGGACGCCCUAAUUGCCUUGGGGCCGUUCUGCAAGAAUCCGCUACAGUGCAGUCUGCGCGGCGUGACCAACAGCAAGGACUCGCCAUCGGUCGAUCACAUCAAAGGUGCAGCGCUGUCUCUGCUCAAGCGAUUCCUCCUGGUCGACGAGGGUCUCGAACUGAAGGUCAUCCGCCGUGGAGUUGCUCCUCUGGGCGGCGGAGAGAUCACCUUUCGCUGUCCGGUGCGGAAGAGUCUGCGUGCCAUCCAAUUCCAGUCGCAGGGCAUGGUCAAACGCAUCCGUGGGACAGUUUAUGCCUGCAAAGUAUCCCCCGCGAUGGCCAAUCGCACCGUGGAAGCUGCCAAGGGCUGUAUGCUGAAGUUCCUGCCCGAUGUCUAUAUCUAUACCGAUCAGAACAAGGGCAAGAUGUCGGGAAAUUCACCUGGAUUUGGCAUUUGUCUGAUUGCGGAGACCACAGAUGGAGUGUGCUUCGCCGCCGAUUGUAAUUCCAACACAAGGGAGGAGUCGGACACACCUUCCAUACCCGAGGAUCUGGGCCAGGAAGUAGCAAUGCGUUUGUUAGACGAGAUUUACCGCGGUGGCUGUGUGGAUUCCAGUUACCAAUGGCUGGCAGCACUCUAUAUAGCUUUGGGCCAAAAGCACGUAUCCAAAUUCCUCACAGGUGCUCUGUCCACUUACACGGUUCACUUCCUGCAACACCUGCGCGACUUUUUCUCGAUCACCUUUAAGCUGGAGAAUCCCGAAGCGGAAGACGAGGACGAUGCGGAGGAUGUGCGAGGUGCCCAAAAGGUACUUAUGGCUUGUGUCGGGAUCGGCUACACGAACAUAAACAAGCGUGUGACAUAAACUGUUCUCUAGGCUAAGAAUAAACUAUUUUUUAUGACAAAUUAUAAA